UGAACCGUGGUGUUAGGACAUCCUACUUUACACAAUCAAAAGGAAUCCCAAGUGGGCCAAGUCUACUUUAGCUAAUAGAGGUUUUCCACCAUACCUGUUAUGAAUCAGCCAGUCCCCAUCAAGCCUUUCUUCCUCUUUUCAACUCCCAAGUCACGUCUCUUCCUCGCUGGCUCGUUGUAGCUUCUGUGCAAAAUUUCACCGGCAAAGACCGUCGCCGGCUCGUAGCUUAGUAGCGAAUCUGGUGAGGGGUAAACUUCAAAGACCGCUGCUGGCUCAUUACCCACUUACCCCAUCUGUCUCCCUUGAAGUUGGAGAUUUUCAGCACUACCUUAGCUUGAGCUCGUAGGAAGCUGUCAAGGGUGAAAGAUCUAGGUUUCCGCAACCAUGACAACCAGAUUAGUGACAGUACCUGAAUUUUCAGAACCGCAAAACAAAACAGGUCCGAAAUGGGGAGAUGAAACAUAUCUUGGACAGGAAAGUUAUGCUGUUGUCCAAAACAUUUUUGAUCUUGAGAGUCAAAAGGUGGUCUUUAAAGGCGUAGGAGAAAUCAAAGAAUUUCUUUGUUUCUGUAAAAGUUGGAUUCUGGUCCGUCAAAGUGAAGAUGGAAAUUCCCUGGAUUCUUAUUGCAUUGUUAAUCCAGCUACAGAAGAGGUUGUUGACUUGCCAGCUUAUGAAUACUCCUUUUUUCCUACUGCAUUUGGUUUUGAUGUGAACGAUGAGAAUAGGCCAGAAGAUAUCAUCUUUUUCUGUUUUGAUAUCAAUACACGAAUGUUCCAGUGUAGGUUGUUGUACAAUGAUUCGAUCUGGCUACAACUGCAAGUGGGUGGUGUAGAAGACCUCCCUACCAAUGUGGACAACUAUAUGAGACCAAAGAAUGUGUUAGUUGAUUCUGAGAAUAGGUCCAUAUGGUUUACAUGUGACCAAUGUGUUUGCGUUUUCAAAUACCCAAAAGUUGAUGACGGUCCAGUGUCAUAUGAUGUCCCUCUCAGGUUUGUGUGUGAUGAUGCGCCGUUAAGCUUGGUCAGGUUGCACAAAGAUAUUUAUGUUGUGACUCUUGAUUAUUUGAGAAGAUGUUUUAAGGUGUUAAAAUUGGAAGCUAAUUUUGAACUGCAAAAGCUGCACUCUGAACCUAUUGUGAUGGAACAACAGCAUUGGGACUUAUUUAUAGCGUCUGGAAGAUCAGGUUAUGCCUUGUUAGGUGAAGGGACAAGCUCUUCCAAGCUGUACAUUGCUAACUUUCUGAAGGACAAUCCGCAUUGGGAACUUGAUGCAGAGUGUGCUUGUUAUGAUUUCUCAACCGGAGAGACAUCAGUACUUGUUAAGUGUCUUAGUGUUCAUGGUUGCGCCUAUCAGCAUCCUGGUUCAUAUUGGGAGUGCCGCUGCCACUCAGCAUGGAUACAUGGGAAUGAGUGAGAAUGAGAACAGAAGCAUUAUCAGAGACCAGUUUUGCCCAGGACAAGCAUUUAAAGUGCGCACACCUUUUGGGCAUUUAAUGUUACUUUAGUUGUAAUUUGAAGUAUCAACCUCGAGGAGACAGGAAUGGUCCAGCUUUUGAGGCGUUUAGCAAUGGCUAAGAAUGGAAUUUAAGCUUAAUGUGAACUAGUCUUUUGUACUUAUGCAAUGGCACAUAUUGAUGUUGUACUUGUCUGACUUUAUGUUUGGAUGGGGUUUUGAGUUGCGCCCUGUGGAGCAUGA